AUGGAGCCUUUUGUGGGGACCUGGAAGCUUGCGUCCAGCGACAACUUUGACGAAUACAUGAAGGCAAUCGGUGUGGGCUUUGCGACUCGUCAGAUUGGGAACAUGGCCAAACCGAACCUUGCCUUUAGUGUGAGUGAUGGGGUAAUCUCCAUGAAGGCGCAGAGUACUUUCAAGAACACUGAAAUCUCCUUCAAACUCAAUGAGGAGUUUGAUGAAACCACCGCAGACGACCGAAAGACAAAGACCACGUUCACGCUUGAGAACGGGAAACUUGUGCAGAAACAAACUUGGGACGGAAAAACCACCAUACUGGAACGUGAGAUUCAGGAUGGAAAACUAGUGGCUAAAUGCACCAUGGAUGACAUUGUUGCAGUAAGGACAUACGAGAAGGAGGCAUAA